ACCGGCAAUACGCGCACGAAGGCGUCGGGCAGGAAUUGGAUGCCACGCUAUCAUCGCCACUGGAUCGGCGAGGGAGAGAGCAGUGAGAGAGAGUCAGUCAGUGCGUGUUGGCACAGCAUAUUGCGAGUAUUGCGACGGGAAAUUCGACCGUGGCUCCGAAUCGACGCGAGAACGACGGGAUGUCGAGCGGCACGGACGAGUGCAGGCUGAAGGGCGGUCAUCCCCCGGCAGUUAAGGCGGGCGGCAUGAGGAUAACGCAGCACAAGACGCCGAAGGACGAGCGCGAGACGAAGCCCAGCAAGGAUGUUGAGGAGAGCAAGCCGUCGAGCAGUCCGCCGAAGACGAUAAUGAUCAGCGGUGCCCCGGCCAAAGGAAACGCCGAUUUUCCACCGGAAGCGGUGCAGCACUUCCACGAGAAGCCCACACCGACGCACGACGCACGACCGGCGCACUCUUCGCGUCCUAUCAUUAUUCAGCAGCCCAGAAAGUGAGCCGUACUUUGCAUCGUGCUAGUGGACUUUGGCCCACAGAGUCACCCGUUGAGUUUACGAGAAAAAAAAGAAGAUUAUAAUUAUACAAAUAUAUAUAUAUAUAUGGGAGAUAGGUAUAUAUUACAUACGUAAGCGUGUACUUAAAAGUUUUUAAAAGGGUUAAAAUUUAAGAGUUUUGACUUCGCGCGGCAGCAUUUUGCACCGCGCGAUCCCCGAUCCUUUAACCGACGAAUAAUAUCGAGAUCUUUUUUCUAACAAAAUACAGGGAAAUUGUGAAUUUCAGAGAAAGAAAGCCAGAACUAAAUUGUAAUUGCGAAAGCUACGAGUUAGCGAAUUGGGUCCAUUUCUGAGGAUGAAGAACGGGCAGGACCCGCGUAACCAAUCGGUUAAAGGAUCGGGGAAACUCGAUUUCUCGUAUACGCUCUGAAACAUUAGAUUACCUCGCGAGAGAUACUAUAUAUUGUUGUUAAAAACAAGAGAAAAAGAAAGUUUAUUUUUGACGCCACGAGAUCCCUCGUAUCGGCAUUUAAGAUUCCACGUACGGACCGUUUGCGAGUACGUUCUUCGACUCGUUAUCAAACGUUUUAUCUUUGCCUUAUCGUUCCUUUUAUACUAGACACGUUUGCUAUGAUUACAUUAUUACGAUUAAGUAUUGCUGUAACAUAGUUACACGAUACUAUUACUAUUUUGGGGACCAGUAUGUACUGCGACUCAUGACGAAACUUUCGCAUUUAGUUGCAUUCUCUCAGCCUUCAGUCUUUUUAUUUUUCUUUUUGUAUCUGUCCGAACCAUAAUAUAGAAACCAGACGCAUCAGUAUCACUUUGAAUUUUAGGGACUGAAUUGACACUUCGUCAACGUGAAUUAACGUUAACGUAAGUUAAUGUUAAUGUACGUUGACGUAAGUUAAGCGUGUAAAUGUCGAGCGAGAUUCAUAGUUGGCGACAGUUUGUACAACAUUUCAGAGGGAAUAAAUAUUCAUAUAUGUACAUAACUCA